UGAGGGGUCUUCUAAUAACUAAAAUUAUUUUUAUUUAUACAUUACAGAGCUUUGUACGUGAAAAGUGUGUAAUUUUACAUUAUUACUUUUUUGAACUGAACGUCGUAUCACACUAAUAGUAAGCGUUGGAGGCUUGUAGCUAUCUUUUAAUAACACUUUGCUAUAGUUUUAUUAAAAGACAAAAGGAGGCAUGAGUCUUGGGAAGCUCUCAGUUUGAGAACAAGUCACAUGUGCACCUUAAUUAUAUUUUUGUCUUAGAUAAAUUGCACACCAUUUUCAGUAAAUGUACUGUUAUACUCUUAAGUAUACCUCUAUUUCCCUUCUAUUCACUUAGCCGACGAACAUGUCUCGGAGGACUACGUGAAGUUCGUGGAGAAGAGGAUGAAUCGUGCGGUCCUUCCGAAAUACGGCGGCGAGUUUGAACUGCCGCCGACCAUCUACACGGUCCCUCCGGAGAUGAGAGGUGGCAACGACGGCGCGUACCGUCCCGUCGCUGUCGAGAUCGGACCGAUCAUCCACGUCGAGGAGGAUAAUUUCAGCCGGGACUACACACUCCUUGAGGAGUACAAAUGGUGCUGCGUGCGCCGGCUCAUCAGCAGGCACCAUCUUCUCCAGGAGCCUGCCCGCGGACACCAACGCUCCUGCGCAGGUGCCUGGACGCCUUGAAAAGCGUUCAGCCGCGCAUCAGGGCGUCCUACCCGCGGAACAUUGAGGAUCGGUGCGAUGUUGGAGACAUGGUGCUCACCAUGCUGCUGGAUGGAUGCUUCAUCCUCCACCGCCUGCUCAAGUACGCACGCAUCGCUAGAAGAGAAGCCGCUGCUUCUGCCCCGGCAGCAGCCCGAGGCAGAAACGACGAGGAGGAGGAGGAGGACGAUGAUUGGACCCAGGUGUUCGGGAGGUGCUGGGUCUGGAGUUUCAUCACCUGCGACCUGUUGCUGCUCGAGAACCAGAUCCCUUUCUUCGUCGUGCAGAAGCUGUUCGAGCAGCUCCGGACGGACCCCGACGAGACCAGCGACGUCCUCGUGGCCGGCGCCCUACGCCUCUUCCGCUCCCUCCGGCCGCAGAUGCUGCACUCCUCGCGCAUCGCCUGCCGCGAUGUGCACCACCUCCUGCACCUCUUCUACCUCUCCGUCGGGAAGCUGGCCGCGGCACCUGGCGUCCCACGCCAACACAUCGAGCUGCCGUCGGAGCUCCCGCAGUGGGUGCCGUGCGCCAAGGAGCUGGAGGAAGCCGGUGUCAAGUUCCGAGCGAGGCAGGGUGCAACGAGCUUCCUCGACGUGGAGUUCCACGGCGGCGUCCUGGAGAUCCCGACGCUGCAGCUGUACGACUACAGCGAGCCCCUGCUUCGCAACCUUAUCGCCUUCGAGCAGACCUACCCCUUCACGCCCGGCCACGUCACCGCCUACGCCAUCUUCAUGGACUGCCUCGUGUCUUCGCCGGAGGACAUGAGGCUGCUGCAACUCAGCGGCGUGCUGGUGAACCAGAUGAACGGCGCGCGGAACCGGGACGCUGCUGGGUUCUUCGGCCGUCUCUGCCACGAGGCCCACCUAGCUGCGGACCGCAACUACCUCGCAGGAGUGAUCACGGGGGUGAACAAGUACCAGCGGGCAAGGUGGCCCCGGUGGCGCGCGGCCCUGGUGCGCAACUACUUCAGCAACCCGUGGGUGGUCACGUCGCUCGCUGCCGCCGUGUUGCUGCUUGUGCUAACCAUGCUGCAGAGCUUCUUUGCCGUGUAUGGCACAGUAAACGGCAGAGAAAUACUAAAUUGA